UCAGGUAAACGACAUGCAAGACGCGCAGCCCUGAGGGUCUCGCUGCCAUGUCUGCGUCUCUGGCCAAGUCGAGCUCCGUUCACAAUGUCUCGUCUUUUGGUGCUGCAAAUCGACUAGUUUGAGCCACGGAACGGAGUGACGGGGCGACGGGGGCUUCUGCCCGCAACAUCAGUCCGCCGACUGGACCAUUCGGCUGCCGGAAAGCAUGGCUGAACGAUUUAUUACUCUUGCGUUUGUCAGUCUUGUGUAUUGGUAUCCGCCUUGUGGUCAAUACCUUGCUUGGCUGGCUAUGGCACGUCGUCCUCGAAUUCAAGUUCAUUCUCGGCCGUCCCCAGAGUACGAUUGUGGAUGUACAUCGACCAGGCUCAGGUACUCCGUACUUCGUACCGAAAUUGGACGAAGCCCUACGGCCCCUGCCAGCUGCUGGGAGCUUGCUGCAGCGGAUGGAGUCGGCUUGUGGCGAUGGUCGUCGUGUCAUUACGUGGAAAGGCAUCGAUCAUUCCUCCAAGCAGGUCCUUCGCCUGGCUCAAGGACGGCAUUGCCAGCGAGGCGGCUUAUCAAUUUCCAAUCAAAGAGAGAGCAAGUGCAAAGAUGCCGUGCCAGUUGGCAUGAUUGUCCCUGGCAUGCGUGCAUGCCUUGGUGCGGGCUUGCGAAGUAAGGUCAACAGCUGGAGAAGCCGUCUGCCGUGGACGCCAGCUUAGCGGCCGUCGCGACUCAAUGACCACAUUGUCUGGGAUGUCGUGU